AUGAGUGAUGUAGCAUGUAUUGAGAAUACAAGGAUGGAUAGGGCUUCUUUUCAUAAAUUAUGUGACAUAUUGAAAGCUACCGGUGGACUACUUCCUACUCGACAUAUGUGUGUUGAGGAGUUGGUGGCUAUGUUUUUACACAUUUUGGCACAUCACGUUAAGAAUAGAAUGAUUAGAAGAAAAUUUGUGAGGUCCGGUGAAACAAUAAGUAGGCAUUUUAUAAAUGUACUAUUGGCAGUUCUGAGGUGUCACAAAGAAUUGUUAAAACAACCUCAACCAAUUUUGGAGAGCAACACAGAUGAAAGAUGGAAAUAUUUUAAGAAUUGUUUAGGUGCUCUUGAUGGAACUUACAUCAAGGUGAAUGUGCCUGAAGCAGACAAAAGUAGAUACAAAACAAGGAAGGGUGAAAUAGCUACAAAUGUGUUAGGUGUAUGUUCACCUGACUUGCAAUUCAUAUGUGUUUUACUUGGUUGGGAAGGAUCAGCUGCUGACUCAAGAGUCCUUAAAGAUGCUAUUUCUCGACCAAAUGGUUUAAAGGUUCCUCAAGGUUUUUAUUAUUUAUGUGAUGCUGGUUAUAUGAAUGGAGAAGGAUUUCUUACUCCUUAUAGAGGACAACGGUAUCACCUUAGUGAAUGGAGGAAUGGUUUACAACCAUCUACCGCUAAAGAAUUUUUUAACAUGAAACACUCUUCUGCUAGAAAUGUAAUAGAAAGAUGUUUUGGACUCUUGAAAGGACGUUGGGCUAUAUUGAGAGAGAAAUCAUUCUAUCCUUUAAAGACACAAGGAAGAAUAAUAACUGCUUGUUGUCUUCUACAUAAUCAUAUUCGUAAAGAAAUGGUUUUGGAUCCUUUAGAACGAAAUUCCACAUAUGAUGAGUUCUCUAAUGAAAUCAUGGUUGGUGACAUGAUAACAACAGUGGAGCCAAGUACUCAAUGA